CUGUCGGUGAAAUGGGACGUAAGGAAAGUAGCCGUCGGUGGAAUGGGAUAUCGGAGAAAUGGAUUCGAGGAAGUAGGUUGUCAGUGAAAUUGGCUGUCGGCGAAAACAGUGUUGGAGAAAUAG